CUUCAUUUGCAUCAAAUCAUUCAAGCAUGUCAUAAGCGAGCUAUAAGCACAAAGAGGCAAAGAUAAGCACAAAGAAACAAAGAAAUUUGAGCAACAAUCCUGUCCACUUCCAUGAGGGAAGGUAUAAAAAUACCAAAUUAAUUUAAAGGAAACCAUGACACCGUCUGAUGUCGGAAAAUUUAAUAAUAAUGUACCGAAACAACAAGGUAGAUACGAGGGAACUAACAAAAAUUUCGAUCAACAAAGAAAAAAUCGCACACAUCAGGAUAACUUCAUGGAUAGGAGACGAAUGGAAAGAGAAGAAAUUGGAAAAUUAAGUUGGGGUACUUCUCCAGAAAGAAUAUCUGAUUCUGAUGAAUAUGAUAGUGAUGAUGAAGUAAAAAGGAAGAAAAAUAAAAGUAAGAAAAAGCAUAAGAAAAAAAAGUGUCAACGAAAAAAAGAAAAGGAGAUUCGGCUAUCUGCUGAAGAUUAUGGCAAAGCUUUAUUACCUGGUGAAGGUGCAGCUAUGGCUGCUUAUAUUGCUGAAGGAAAGAGAAUUCCCCGAAGAGGAGAAAUCGGUUUGACAGGUGAUCAGAUAAAAAAAUUUGAAGCUGUUGGUUAUGUUAUGAGCGGAAGCAGACAUCGACGUAUGGAAGCUGUGCGAUUGAGAAAAGAAAACCAAAUUUACAGUGCUGAUGAAAAACGUGCACUUGCCAAGUUCAAUAGAAAAGAGAGACAAAAGAGGGAGUCUAAAAUUAUUUCUCAUUUCAAAGAAAUGAUUAAAGUUGCCAAUGAUAAAAGUUAAAAAUAUGUUUCUGAUUAAUUGUAUUCUGUUCUUUUAAAUAUGAAAGCAUGUAAAUAAAACAAAAUCUAUAUAAACCUU